AUGUCCAGGUGCGUUUGCAAGUCUUGGCUCGCCAUCGUCGACGCCCACCGCUUGCUGUGGGCGGAUCUCCUUCCCUUGUUGUUCAGUGGGUUCUUCAUGAACUUCCACGAUUUCUACAUCUCGGAGUUCUUCACGCCCCGCUCGGACGUCCCCUCCAUCCCCGGCAAGCAGGACUACCUGCCUAAGGCCAGUUCCCUUUCCUGGGGCUACAUAGACGGCCAUUGCAAUGGUCUUGUGCUGGUCGACAGCUACGACGACAACGGCGACAAGAAUCGUUAUGUGCUUAAUCCGGCAACUCAAUGGCUGGCGCCCUUGCCCCCAUGCCCACCCUCGCCCAUGGAGAUCAAGGGUACCUUCAAAGUCGAGUACCUCGCAUAUAAUCCGACCAAGUCGACAAACUUUGAGUUCGAGGUGGUCUCAGUUACCCAUUUUGGUAGAAUGUGCAAGCCUGGAGAUACACAUGACCAUGAGAUAGAACAGUGCGAGUGGCCACCAUCGCAUAAGCUUGAGUAUCCAAUACCAUGCUAUGGUGCAAAAAUCCAAGAACAUUGGGCCUUGCGGGAUAUUAAUUACUAUUAUGAUGGUUACAAUAGUGAUCAUGAUAUGGAAGCACCAAUGAAGACAAAAUUGAAUGGUCCCUUCAAGCUUCUGAAGAUGAGAAAUUUACAUGGAGCUCUUAUGAUGAAUAUGGAUGCUAUGGUGGGUACAUGGAGAUUCUUGGGUUUCAUCCAUGGAAAGAAAUUAUCUUCUUGA